CGGCCAUGGCCACGGAGCUAGAGGCGGUGUGCCGCAGCGAGGCUUCGCGUGUGGUCUUCGCCCUCCGCGGCAACCGACGCUUUGGCACUCGAAGUUGGCGGGACUUGGAGGAGACCUCGCCUCUGCGGCAGCUCUGUUCCUGGCGGCUCAAUGGAUAUGGCCCCAACGAGCUGUUGGAGCCGCUGCUCCGGGUCAUUCGAAGUCCAGACUUUGGGGGGCCUGCGACCUUUGUGGCGUUGGAGGCAACACAAAAUGUCGUUGUAGCCAUUUGCGAAGAGCAAAGGAGCCAGAGCACAGAGGCUUUGAGGCAUUUAGCAACAACCCUUGUGGACGUUUGCCGUGCAGCCUGCGACUGUGUCUUUGAGGCGCUUGGAGCAGUGGGGAAAACACCAAAGCCAGGCGACUGCUGCGCAGAUGAUUGCCCUCAUAGGUCUUUGCUGUUCAGCGGCUCCGUGGCCCCCAACUUGGAGACGAAAGCGGACGAACGCAUGGGCCCAGAUGCAGUGCUGAUCUUCUCACCACAGGACCGUGUCAAGGCCUUUUCCAAGGUGCUUCAAUUUUGGAGCCACUACCGUGAGUCUCACACCUUGCGUGCCUCUGCGCUGGCCACGCUCCAACGGAUGUUGGACUUGACGCUAGUGGAUCUCACAUCGCCGGCUCGCUACGAAUUUUUGCGGGUAAUCCUAGGGAUGAUGGCCGCAGAAGCGGAACCUGGGAUGGCCAUGGAACGCGCCUUGCUGUAUUUGAGAUGUUUGCAGAGACUGGCCAUGCAUUCGACCUCUCGGCGCUGGGCCAUGUCAGAGCAGGGGCGAUUUUUCCAGAAUGACAUCCCCUUGCUUUUGCUUAGCUUUUGCAAAGUCUUCCCUGGGAGCUUGCCGCUCUUGACCUUGCUACUCCCGGUGCGUUGUGAAUCGCAUUUGUUGGCUCUGCGUGGAUUUUUGGGCCGACAAGGCAGGACUGUGGCCAUGACCAUCCAGGGGUCCAUGACCAUCCAGGGGAUCAAGAGGGUUCAUCCUCAGACAUGGCAAUUUUCCGAAGACUUCGCCGGCGAGAGGGGACCACACAUGGGGCGGUGUGUUUUGGACCAAAAAGAGUAUCCAGGUGUCAUGGGUCUCAGCGCUGCCACUGCAGCCAUGGGAAAAUCCAGUUCGAAGUGGAGAGCGCCACUGUCAGAUGCAGAAGUUGCUGGUUUGGCCGAUGGAAUGUCGCUGGCAGGUGCUCCAUUGCAACCGCCCAAGUUGCUCCAGAUGGGUUGGAAAGAGGGGCAGGUCUUUACCGCCUUAGAUGACCCAGAUCGUACGGAACUGCCGUGGCAAGGUCCCAGCUUUCUGGAACGGAAGGAUCCCAAGCUGCAGCGUGGCAAGACGCAAUGGGAAGAGCUGGUGGUCCCCGGUGGGCCUGGUAGAUUUGCAGGUGUGGUGACUGGGGUCUUUGAUGAGGAUGAUUGUGCAGAACUCAUCGAGUGCAUCAACCAGAAAGGCUUCACCCCUGCUUUGUUGAACAUUGGUCAUGGCCGCCAGAUGCUCGAUCUAAAGGCCCGUGAUGGGCACCGGGCCAUUGUGGAUAGCCCUGAGCUCAGUGGAUAUCUUCUGGAGGUCUUGCGUCCUUACCUGCCCGAGACCUUUCAACGUGGCACAUUGAUCGACCUCAACGAGCGCUGUCGGGUACUGUGCUACACGCCCGGCCAGGAGUUCCCGGCCCACUACGAUGGCACCUUCCGGCGGCCCCGGCCGGACCCCCGCGCCGGGGAUCGCUCCAUGAUCACGGUGCAGGUCUAUCUUCACGACGUGCCGGAAGGAAGUGGCGGUGGUACCACCUUCAUGAAAGACUCAGAGGAGGUGGUUUGCUGUUGUCAGCCCCGGGCGGGAAGUGUGUUAAUCUUUUCACAGAACUUGCUUCAUGAAGGUUCGCUGCUGAAGAGCGGCUUGAAGUACACCCUGCGAACUGAGGCAGCAGGUUCCAGCAGCGCUGCUUUGGGAGCUUUGCAGGUCGAUGCGCUACUUUCCGGGGUUUACAUUCGGAGCCUGGACUAUGCAGUGGCUCCCUUGAUCACGUCGGAGGCUGCUCCAGUUACGCCUGAGGAGGCAGGAGCUACGAAACUGUUGCUGUUAGAAUCCCUCUACGACUUGUUCCAACCAUCUUUGGUUCAAGCUGUUUGGUUUUCCUUCGAUGGAGACUGGCGUCGACCGCCUUUAUUGGAACAGGUGGCCGGUAAAGCCGUGGAGCUGGUGACCAAAAGGCCACCCAGCAGUGAACGGCCGCUGCCGGCCCAUUUGAUGCAACUCUGUUCUGCGGUUUUGACCCGCAUCGUCAGUGCCUUCGUGGACGUCAGUGCUGAAGGCACUGCCAAGGGAUCACACAUGCUGAGGUGGCAGCUGCGUUCAGAUCUUCGCGAGCUGAUGACGAAGAUUGAGGAAAGCCCAAAGAAGGCGCGUGGCGCCUUUGAGAAAUCUUCCUUGUUGGAGGUGGUACCAUUACCCCCAGGUUCCUCCUGUGAAGCCAGCGAAGAGUGGGUCUUCAAACUGAUUUGGCUCUUCCGCACAGUUCACUUCCUGGUGCCCUACAGCGCUGUGGGCGAGUUCUUCGGUCAGCCCAAGGAGGACAGUGAAAAGGCCGUGACGACUUUUGUCCGCGGGCUCGAUAUCACUGCUGCUCCGUGGCGAGCCGCGCUGCGAUUCUCCGGCGGCGAACGGCUAGGCCUUUUUGCUUCCGAAGGAAGCACAGCAAAUCGACCGCAUCCUCCGCGUCUUCGCCUGGAGCCAAGUGGCAAAGCCCAUGCCUACUACCACAAACACGUUGAGCAUUGCAGAAGUUCUGGGAAGGAGGCAGUCCACUGGUGCAGUAUCACCUCUGGUAGCAUGACUAAGGGAGCUGGAUAUUUGAAACAUCCAGAUGCUGCCUACACAUUUGCAUUCAUCUCUGCUGCGCAAGGGACCGGGGCGGUGCGGUGCAUCAUGGCUGAGGUGGUCGAGUCCUGGGAAGAUCUGUGCCCCAAGAAGAAGGGCCGCAAAGCCAAGAAACACCAGGAGAAAGAGAAGCCUCCCGUGGUGCACCAAGCCUCCGCCGUGCGCAUCCGCAAGAAGAAGGACACGGCACCCGACGAUCCAACGCCUGCGAUGGACGAUCCAACGCCCAGCCCGGUGGUGAUGCCAGCGCCGCGCUCCGAGGCGCCACAGGCGCCGGUGCCACAACAGACCACCUGGCAGCCCAAUCCCAAUGCGACCCCCUGGGAGAUGUGGCAACAUCCGGUGAAUUCCUAUGGGAAUUCCUAUGGGAACAUUGGGAACUAUGAUGCCUUUUCAUACCAGGCAUACACACCCUAUCAGUACCAAUCAUUUCCAUACUACCAGGCCUAUGCGCCACCGGCAGAACCGGCACCAGCGGCACCGGUUUCCAAGUGGGUACCACCUUCGGAUGUGAAUGAUGUGACGGAUGUGAAGAUCUCCCCAACAACGGCGACUCCGGAACCUGAGAAAUCGGACUCCGAGAAGGGCAAGGGCUGUGGCUGCGAGGAUUGGGAAGAGCUCUAUGAUUCAGAGCCAGGCAGUACGGAAGUCCAUUCCGCCGCCUCCUCAAUCCAUUCAUCCCCCGCAGGACCCAUGCCACAAGUCAAGCCAUGCGUGGCACCGCCAUGGUUGUUGUGUACCAGCACACGGCGUCGUGCGCAGCAGAAGCAGACCUGA